GCCGAGAGAAGAGAAGGGAAGAGAAGAGAGGAGCCCACGCACACGCUAGCGCUUCUCGCGCAGGAGAGAUACCUGUCUUUACGCUCCUCUCGUCGUGUUUCACUCGGUCCGUGCUUCACUCUACUUACGGCUGACCCUGUUCGUAAUAAUUAAUGGCGUUAGACCAAGCGAGCGCGGCUGGCCGUCUCGUCCCGGCGGACUGGUCAUGCUUGGCUCCGGCGAUAAAUACACGGACGGUUCGUCCGCGUCCGAUUAAUGACACGGUGCUUGGCUUUUCGCGUUAUUAAACAAUUUCCGAGCGUCCGCUCGCUCGCCCGCACAAUUGAGCAGGCUCGUAAUUAACGACGUUAGCGCAUGCAGAUCGCUCGCUCGCUCGCUCGCUCGCUCGCAAGUACCCUCGCGAGCGAGCGAGCACGGGCGCCGAGCACGAGAGAAGCGGCCUAAUUGAUCGUUAACGCGACGGUCUAUCGAUCUUUUCCUUUCCACCGCUCUCGAUCGUGACUUCCUCGACUAUUACGUUAUUGUGCUGCGCCGGGGCAUCGCGAAAGCGCGAAGCGCACGCUUUAAUGAAGUCAGCGGCGAGUCAAGAGGCGCGUUUCUUCGCUUCUUCGGUCGGUUGAGCGGGUUCGAUAUGCCAGGAGGGCGGGGGGGGGGGAAGAGGAGGAAGAGAACGAGGAGAGCCGUCUCUUUGAUAGCCCCGAUGUGCGCUGAGACGAUAUGGUGAAAAAUACACGAAAGGCUCGGCCGGCACUCCCAAGUCCGCGCGCGCGCACGAGCGAAUUUGACACGCGAGCAACGGAAAGAGAUGAUAAAUCAUUAAUGAGCUGCCGCAUUCCUCGGUUAAUGAGAUACGCGAUAAGCCCCCGGUUGUUUAUCCGAAAUAUCGGACGCUAAGAGGAUCGAAUUAAGCGGACGCGCGCGCGCUCGUUCGGCCGGAGAUUGCCGCCGCUCGGUCCGGUCAAUCCCGAACGGCGGAAGGAUGCCGAGUCCGACGGCGAUUUUUUUCACCCGGCAUUCUUCAUCGGCGAGAUAAUCGACGCUACUAACGAAUCGAGCAGCGCUCACGGCGGAGACAAAUCGCGCGUCCGCCGUUGCUCGACGGACACAGCCGGCGCGCGACUCGAUCUCGUAUAACUCUUGAAUGUCGCGGUUGGGACUUCGCUCGAGAGAAGCGUCAGCGAGAAGAUGAAGCGUCAGCGACAGCUGAUGAUGAGGAUUGGCCGCCAUUGUGCGUCCGAGUGUGAUCGUCUGAUCGCACGUGUGCUUGCAGGCGGUGAACCCUGACCGGAGCAGCGGGUGCGUGACUGCAAGGAUGCGCGUACGCAGGAGACGGUGCGUGAUGUCCCGGUGACGACGACGACGACGACGACGGGGACGACGAGGACGAGCGCGACCGCGACCAUCUUCACGACACACACGCGAGCUCGCACGCAUUCACUCACUCAUUGACGAACCUACGCGCACCGAGCCAGAGAAGAGAUAGAGAGAUAGAGAUAGAUAAAUAAAGAGAGAGAGAGAGAGAGAGAGAGAGGAGGAAGAGGAGAAACACAAAGAUAAAGGAGGCAAACAGACCGAGAGAAAAAGAGCGAAACACGUGACCGCCGAUGCCGCGAUGAGGCUGGGUCCGAUUAUCCUGUCGUGGGUCACAGCCACGGCCGGUUGGCUGUGGCCGGCGGAAGCGCGGGCGCCGCGCUCCAGGGACUACGAGCUCUCGACGGAGUUCUUCCUGGUGCCGUCCGAGAUCGGCCACGGCCUGGCGAGCGUGGCGAGUGUCAUCAGCGUGCCGGCGCCGAACCGGACGGUCAGCGUGUUCCGGACACCGCCGAACAGGAAGGGCCAGGCGGAGCACGAGGUGGAGAUGCGACCAACGACGCCGCGGUCCUUGCUGAAGCAGCGACCUUGGGCGCUGCCGUUGGCCGCGCUCAGCGCUGCUGCGAUGCUCCUCAUGGCCGGUUUCGAGGUCUUCGUGUUGCUCAAGGCCCGAGCGACGGCACCGAACAGACGACACUUGUUCCUGGGCCAGGCGUUGCUCCUUGGUCUCUUCCUCUUGGCGGGACUGUCAGCCGCAGCGUCGCUCAGCCAAAACCCGCUGUCCUGCGCGGCCUUCCGAUUGGUGGGUCUGCCGGCCGCCCUCGUGUUCGCUGCGCUGCUGGUCAAAUGCGUCUUCUUGCUCUCGUUGAACAGCGGCGUGUACCUGCCGGCGCCCUAUCAGGCGCUGGUGCUGGUGUUCGCGGUGUUGGUGCAGGUGGCCAUUGUCGGGCAAUGGUUUUACGGCGAACCACCUGCGGUGAUCCAGGUGCAAGGCGCGGGCCAAAGCUCGCCAGCAUCAUCCACCUCCUGCAAGACUCCGCUCGGACAGAUAGUGGCUUCCCUCGGGUAUCCCGGAGCGUUGCUGGUGGCGGUGGCCUGCCUGGCGGUGCGGGCGCGUGGUGUACGCGACAAUAACCGGGAGGCAGCCUUCAUCGGGCUGGCGGUCGGGCUCUCGCUGCCGAUCUGGAUCUCCAGUGGCAUCGGCUCGGUCGCGGCCGGCAACGAGGGCGACCGCGAGGCUUGGCUGGCCUACGGUCUCUUGGCCACGUCGCUCUUCGUCUUCCUCACCAUGUUCCUGCCUAAGGGCCGGCAACUGGCCGCCCUGGGCCGCGAAGGACCCGCGACGGUGAUCCGCGACCGCGACGACGCUCUCAGCUCGCUUCCCGGCAGCGGCUACUCGCCCUCCUUCUUCCACUUCAAGCCCGCCGAGGCGUCGCUCAAGAGGAAGAUGCAUUAUCACAGCGCCGAUCGAGUCGCACUCGUCUCGUCCGGGAUACCCGGAUGCAGCGCCUGCAGGCACGGAGGAAGUCCUAUAUACUCGGACGAUGUGCACGGGCCCGUGGAGACGUUCGUCCUGCCGCCCGGCAUGUACUUGAGGCCGGAGGACGCCGGGAACCUCUACACGACCCUGUCGGCCAACCCCAACGUGUUCUUCCAGAGAGCGGCCCACCCCGGGAUGAUGUACUGAUCGAAGGCGAAGCAUCUCGCGCGGACUCCUCGCCCGAUAUGCGACCCGGCCGAGCUUUUGUAUCGCGCUCUAGAUUAGAUUACGGGGACGAUAAUGCGAUAUCGUUCUUCGCUGUAAAUAAUCGUCGUUAGAUUCUAAUAUGUGCGCGUCUCGAGAUACGUCGGCUAUCUCGCGCGGCUCUAUGAACUCUUUUCGUAAGCUCGAUGAAGCUGGACGAUCGUGCGAAUGUAGUUCACGAAAGAAGAUACAUACGCGCCGCGAUUCGCGCGUUGCCGCAGAGUGACGCGAUCGAUCAGUGAGAAUCGUCGAGAAUCGUCGGCGAGCCCUGUGAGAUAACAAGUGUGUGCCUUCGAAAUAACGAAAUAAACGUAUGAUACAUUUGUUUUACACAAGGUCCGCCAGUCUCCCACACUCGAUUCUUUCUGCGACUGUGCGUUUGUACAAGGCUCAAACUUGUUGAUAUUCUUCGUCGAUUUUAAUUACUCGAAGGACAAUACUAAAUAGAUACAUUACUUUAGGAAAUACCUGCGUAAGUACUCCAAGCGUGAAGAAAAUAUGUGCCAAUCUCAAGAGUUCCUUUUCAUUUUUCCUUAAUUAGACCUGCUGUGUGUGUGUGUGUGUGUGUGUGCUGAAUCCCUUGUCGCUUCAAUAGUCUAAACAGAGAUGCUCAGUUUUCCGUUAAAUACCGCCAAGGCUAAGGGUGACCUUCGUCAAAGUUUGAUCAGGCCAAUCGAUGACCAACCCAACCGAUAACCUGGAAAAUAAAAGACAGUUUGUUGUUGAAACGAGCAAGAAACUUGUUUUCUUUCU